CAGAACGGGAGGGAGAAAGAGAAAGAAAGGGAAGAACUUUUUCCGACUGUUUUUUCUUCUCCCAAACAGAAAUUUCAUACAAAACGUGUUAACUUAGGCGCUUCAGGUAGCGAACGAAUGCAGCGAUAAACACAAGACAAGAAAGAAGAAGAAUAAACAAACGUUUGCGGAGAUCCCUCAGAUGCCUCUGUGCAACAGAUGACAGCAUUAAAAUUUAACACCGCGUGAAACUUGUGGCCCUUUGAUAGAACAGAGAUCUCCCCUUCAGCAUGACUUCUGAACUGGACUCUAGUUUGACCAGCAUUGACUGGCUUCCUCAGCUGGGAAUCAGCACUUUGCGAUCAGGGAAAGAAAGAGUGGAGCGAAAAAAAGAACGAGGACGAGAGAAGGGCAUCCCUCCCAUACCGACACCGUCCCCUGGUUCCAAUUCCAAAGUGAAACCCCCUCACAGCUACGCCACUCUGAUAGCCAUGGCGAUAAGUUCUGCUCCUGAAAUGAAGCUGAGUUUGAAUUAUAUUUACACAUGGAUCAGCAAUACAUUUCCUUAUUACAGCAGAGCAGGAAGAGGAUGGAAGAACUCAAUUCGACACAAUUUGUCCCUCAAUAAAUGUUUCCGGAAAGUUCCUCGACCACAGAGCGAUCCUGGGAAGGGCUCAUACUGGACGAUGGAUGUACCGCCUAACUCAACUCAACCCAGGGGAGUCAAACGUCCUUAUCCUAAAGAGGAGGAGGCUCCAUUCUCAGUGGCCCAAGUGCCUGUCAGUCAAGCAGAGCCCCUCCCACCUCAGUCAGACACCAAAAGCACGUUCUCUCCCCCUCCUUGCAAGCAACGUCCAAACAUCCCAGUACCUACAUCUCUUCCUUCGAACCCUCAUGCUGAUCCCUCUCUUCGAUUCUCCUUUGCUGAUUUGAACUUGCCAGAUCUGUACAAUUCCUUCCAGUCCCUCUGUCGCUCUGUGACAGAGAGAGUCACCUCACAAACGGACAUUACCAAUUUACAUGGACUAACCCAUGACAGUACACCGCUCCACACGCCAACCCUGCCUCCUCUCUCCCCCUGCCCCUAUCCAAACCCUAAUAUGAACCAGUACACCAACCCCAACCCUACUCUUAACCCAAACCUCAAUACCAAUGGCAACUUCAACCCAAAUACACCCAAUACUAACUCUAGUUUUAUCCACAACCUAAACCCAAACCAGAACUCUAACAUUCAUCCAAACUCCAACACUGAGACUGACAAGCUGCUGCACAGUAAUGCUGUUCCUGCAGAUUGGUUCAGUAACGCUGACUCUUUGAGAGAGAGUUUCAGAAUUGCUAGUAGUCUGGACUGGGCUAACAUUGAUCUCACCAGUCACCCUGACCUGGUAGAGAGCAUGCGGCAGGCUGAGCUCUGUGACUGGGCUUUGGAUUCGACGCUCUUCACCUCGCUCUGUGAUUCACUCAACCGUUUCUUCACUCAGAAGGGUCUCAUUAGCUCAUCUUCUGGUGGCCCCUCCUCUUUCGGACAAAUGGCCCCACCUCCUAUGAAUAUGCCGCCCACUAACCCUCCCAGCCUGGCUAGUUUAACUCAACCCUCUCCACUCAUCUACUGCUCUCAGCUCCCUCCUGGCACUGGUGAAUCUCCCCUUCAAAGUCCUAGGAGAAGCCUGACUCCUCACACCCAGAACCAGACAGCACAGAGAUCCCUGGGGCUGCAGUCCACCACGAACCAGCCUCUGACUCCUAACGCACUUCAAACUCAACCCCUGACCCCAACAGGACGUCCACACUUGAAGAAAGUCAACAGUGAGGAAAUCCAGGAUGAUUUCGACUGGGAUUCUUUGAUUGAAUAAUUUUGUUUGCAGAUAAAUACACCGUAAUAAAAAAAAUGGGCCAAUUAUUGAGAAAAGGCAUGAGUAUCUGUCAAAAAGGAGGUGAGGCUAACUCAUUCAUCUUGUUUCAUUUAUAUGUGGAACAAAAGCAGCACCAUCGUAACAAUGAUCAUUCAGCUGUUUGUUUCCUUUGGUUGUUAUGGCACAGUGGUGCUGCUAUAGUCAACUGCAUGUUGAAGUGCUGGAGAAUAAUAAUAGCCAGCACCAAAUUGUGAGGUUAACCAAAACUUGCAAUGCAAAAUAUUUAUCAUAUUUGUUCCUGAACUGCUCCAGACCUUGAAGGUUGGGGUGGAUCGAUCCACGCCAGGCUGCCUUUUACGUCAAGCGUAUUACAAUGUAAAUAGCAUUAGCACUUCCAAAGCCUUAGCCAAUUGACAAUGGCUCAGUUUUUGCUGGGUUAGGCUGGUGAAUGUUGAUAGAGGCUUUCCUGACACUUUAGUCAAUUUAAUAGCUAUUGAAAGAACUUUUUGACCAAAGACAAUCUUAAAUUGCACUUUUUCAACAAAUUGCAUGUACACUAACAAUUUGUGGGAGGAUAAAUGCAGUUUAACAGUACAGUGAGGUAUAUUAUGGCAAUACAUAUGGGUGUAUUUUGACUGAAAUCAAUUAUGACAUUUAUUGCUUUAUAUUAUUACACUUUGUCACAUAGCAAAUCUCCUUAGGGAGCCAAUGUCUUCUGUCUUCAAUUAAAAACAAAAUAAAAAGAAACGUCCAAUGUGUUUUCUUUUAGUUGCCAUUUAAAAGCAAACCAAUGCCAAAGAAAAAAAAAAAAGCUUAGACAAUUUUUUGUGGAUUUUUUAUUUCUUAAAUUUCUUUGAUUUUUUCCCCCUCCAUUUUAUUUUUAAAUGUGAAUGUUCACAGUCAACACCACACGAUUUUUGACCAUAGCCAAUAUUAGAGAAAUAUCUCUAAAAUGUUCAUAUAUAUAUAAAAUAAUUCAUUGAAAGUAAAUAAAGAAUAACAGCAUGUCAUUCAGUCCCCAAAUGUAUAUGAUUUCACAUAAUCAUUAAUUAUAAUCAUAGGUAAUUUUCUUUUUCAGUUUCAGAAGCGUUAACACUUUCCCACUUUCUGUGUAAAUGUUCAAGGAAAAAAUGUGCUGAAGUGAAAUUAAAAGACAGGCUGAUUCUCACGUGAACAGGUGUCGAAUUAAUGCUUUGAUUCUUACAACUGCAAAAAUAAAUGUGUGAAAAGAAGGACCUUUAUAACAAGUUAAGAGUGCUGAAAGUGAGACUAUGCUGAUAAAACCCCAUCAGAAGCACAGAGGACCGAGUGAAAACAAUGGACACAUCAUACAAGCUCUCUCUCUCACUCAUACACUCACACACAGCAUCUCUUCAUGUGUACCACUUGACGUGGACUGAAAUUUCGCAGGUGGUCGAAGGAGACCAAGCAGGCAUCUGUUUCAAUGGCAAUUUCCAGUGCGAUUUUCCUUGGUUUAAUCGAUCCCAGGAGUCAGAGACAUACAAUUAAAAUAAAUUACACAUUAAAUUAAAUUAAAAGUAAUACAUCUAUCGAAUUAUUAUUAUUUUUUACUAGAGUUGUGAAUAAAACGGACAGCUGAAUUCUUCUCAGUCUGUUCAGAGCGAGCCCGUCACAGUCAUCCUUCAUGCACUCUUUCAUCAGAGGGUCACCGGCUCAAUGAAAGGAGGAGAAAAGGGUGUAUGAUGAAGUUCAUUAGUGGCUUGUUUUCCUCCUCCCUUAUCUUCAUGUUUCU